AUCCUAUUCACCACCAAUGGCAGUUCCAGUGCUUUUCUUCCUCACUUUGGCAACCCUCUUCAUCUCUGGUGCUCAUUCGGCUACAUUCACAAUCACAAAUCACUGUCCAUACACAAUAUGGCCGGCGACACUGACCGGCGGUGGCGGCGCUCAAUUAUCUACCACGGGGUUUGAGUUAGCUUCCGGAGCAUCAUCAUCUAUCAACGUCCCAGCUCCUUGGUCAGGCCGGCUCUGGGCCCGCGGUUUCUGCUCAACUGACUCCACUGGAAAAUUCACCUGUGGAAGUGCAGACUGUGGCUCCGGUCAAAUAGCUUGCAACGGUGCCGGGGCAAUACUGCCCGCGAGCCUAGUAGAGUUCACUCUUGCCGCCGCAGGUGGACAAGAUUUCUACGACGUCAGCCUCGUAGAUGGGUUCAACUUGCCUGUUUCGGUGGCUCCACAAGGUGGUUCAGGUGGCUGUAAUUCGGCGGCUUGCCCGGUCGAUUUGAACGCAAAUUGUCCGCCGGAGCUGGCUGUGAGGAAUGCAAAUGGGGCUGCGAUUGCUUGCAAGAGUGCGUGUUUGGCUUUUAAUCAGCCGCAGUAUUGCUGCACCGGCAGCUUUGGGUCGCCCGAGACUUGCCCGCCGUCGGAGUAUUCAAAGUUUUUCAAGAGCAAUUGCCCACAGGCUUAUAGUUAUGCAUAUGAUGAUAACACUAGCACUUUUACUUGCACGGGUGGAGCUAAUUACCUUGUAACGUUCUGUCCAUGA